AUGGUCAGCUCACCCUUAAAACAAAGGCCCUUUUCGCAGGAGAAUGAUGAAAAACGCUAUCCAGCUGCGAGGAUGGAAGCUAAAGCAGGAGCCACAGGAGAAGCUCAAGCAGAAAUCCAGACAGAAGUCCCGGCAGAAGCCAUGCCGUCACACCUUAAUGAUACGCCUGGCCAUGGCGAAGUGGAAGGCCACCUCAAGCUGGUCGAGCCUAGCCAACCUAAGGACAAGGCAUCGGCCAGCCCUCUGGUUGAGCAAAUGAAGACCACGCCCCUGUUUUCCUCUAAGGUUAAGGGCACUGCAUUGAGCGUUGGAGCCUAUCCAAUCCUCCCAGGCGCGCGAACGGAAUCACUGUUCCCCCAGUACGGCUUGAUUGGGCUACGGCUUGCCAGCUAUACGCCCGGAAACGAAGGAGAGAGUUUCCAUGUAGGCGAAGUAAGCCAGAACUUGAUCUACACCAAUAUUAAUGCCCCGUGGUCAACCUUCAUCUGCGGUAGCCAGGGCAGUGGUAAAAGCCAUACACUUGCAUGUAUGCUGGAGAACUCGCUGCUGGUGCCAUCGAAGACGGGCAAGGUAUCGUCCCAGCUCACGGGAUUGGUGCUUCAUUAUGACAAAUUUACAGGGAUGGAAACCGGCCAGCUUUGCGAGGCAGCAUAUCUAUGUUCCGCGGGUAUCCCGGUCAGAGUGCUAGUUUCACCCAGCAACCUCGAACACAUGAGCCAGUUGUACACAAACCUGCCCGGACUGCCAGACGACUGCCCCAAACCAAAGGUGGAGCCACUGUUGUUCAAAGAAGACCACCUCAGCAUUGGGAUGAUGAAGUCGUUGAUGGCAAUUGGCGACGGGGAGGGCACACCAUUGUACAUGGAGAUGGUGACCAAAGUGCUUAGAGACAUGGCCAAGGAGUCAGCGGGCCGAAGAGGAAUUGAUUUCCAGGAUUUUGAGGUUAGAAUCAAGGAGAAGACAACGUUGAAAGGUCAAUCUGCUCCGUUGAACAUGCGUCUCGACCUGCUCCGGUCUUUCUUAGCAGUCCGCGAGAUCCGGAAACCCAAAGUUGCCAGGUCUGCCGCAAAGGAAGGAGAUGAUGUAUGGAACUUUGAAAAAGGCAGCCUCACCAUCAUCGACUUGAGUUGUCCGUUCGUGGAUGAGAACGACGCCUGCGCGUUAUUCAACAUCUGCAUAGGCGUGUUCCUCGAGGGUCGCGGCAGAGGAGGCCGCAUCAUCGCGCUCGAUGAGGCCCACAAGUACCUGACAACCAAAAGCCGCGAGGCAGUAAGCUUGACGGAAACCAUGUUGUCCCUGAUCCGCCAGCAGCGCCAUCUUGCUACAAGGGUUAUCAUCGCGACCCAGGAGCCGACAUUGUCCCCGAACCUGCUGGACCUGUGCAAUCUCACUGUUGUGCAUAGAUUCAGCUCUCCUGCCUGGUUCCAGGCUUUGGAGGGACACUUAGCAGGCGCCGUGAUGGACGUCACCGCUUCUCACCGCUCCAAGUACAGCACCGACAGCCUCUUCUCCCGGAUUGUUGGCCUCAAGACAGGUGAAGCCUUGGUAUUCUGCCCCAGCGCAAUCUUGGACGUGAACCACGCAGAUAACGAAGACCCAUGCGCUCGUCGAAGCACUGAAUCGGUUAUGACGGAACUUGGCUCGUCUUAUUUCAAAAUGAAAGUGCGCAAACGGGUCACGGCAGACGGUGGCCGCAGCAUUCUCGCUCAGUGA